AUGGAAAAACAAUCUGAAUCUCAAUCUAAUGAAUUUGAUUUAUAUCAUUUUUUAUUUGAGAUUUCUAUGGAUUCAUUAGAACCGAAAGAGGUCAGCCAGUUAUAUAAAUUCUCUGAAGAAUUAUUCAUCAAAUAUUUACCGUUAACUUUGUCUUACACUUCAAGUCAAGACAGAGGAAAAUAUAAAUUUGAAUUGUUUAGAACAUUAGUUAAAAUAGGGUCUAUAUCAAUGAAGGUAUUAUUGAGAAUAAUGAUUUUACAUCAUAAUAAAAACUAUUGUUUUUGUAAGAGUCAUGACUUUUUACAAUAUAUAACAUAUGAAACUUCGCAAGAAGAAAAGGAAGAAAUGUUUUUAAAAGAAUUUGAAUGUAACUUAGUCAAUAUGAUCAUAUGGAAUAAGAACAAUUAUAACGAAAUGAAAGUGAUUGAAGAAGAAUUAAACUAUCAAUUAAAUUGGAUUGAUAAAAUGUAUUAUGAAAAGGAAUGUGAAGGAUCGACACUUUUAUUAACAAACAAAUUAGAAGAAAUAAGAAAUAUAACAAAUGAAAUAGAAAUUAAAGAACAAGAAAUGAUUCAAUAUAAAUGGAACCUUUUAAUAAAUCCAUAUUUUGGAGAAGGAGAAUUAAAAGGAAUAAGAGUAAUAAAAAAGUAUUCAACGACCUGUGCACCUAUUGAAUUUGGGUUAAUAAUAAAAUUAAAUAAUAAGAUUAAAAUAAAAAGAGUUUUGUAUAAAAAAGGAGAUGAUUUAAGAGUUGAUUUAUCUGCAGAAUUAUCAUUUCAUGUUUUUAAUUGUAUUUGGAAUAAAUUUAUAUUUAAAGCAUCUCCUCAUAUUGUUAAUAACGAAAUCAUUAAACCAUUUGCUGAAACUUAUGAUGUUAUUCCAUUUAAUGAAGGUGGUUUAAUUGAAAUGGUUGGUUGUUCUAAUGAGAGUUCAUUAUGUUUAACUCAUACUCAAUUAAGUUGUUGUAUUGAUGGAAGAAUAUUUGAGUUAUAUAGUUCAAUUCCUUGUAAUAAAUGCCAUCAAAUAUUAGAAGUAUCAUCAUGGGAUUUAAAUGAUAAAAUGAAAUUAAUUGCUUCACUUUCAGGUGGAUUUGUUGCUGGAUUUGUUGUUGGAUUAAGAGAUCGUCAUUUAGAAAAUAUGAAAUUUCAUUUAUGUACUCAUAGAUUUGUUCAUAUUGAUUUUGGAUAUAUUCUCAAUAAAAAACCAUAUUUUGAUGCAAACAGAUUUGCUAUUCCAACCGUUAUUAGAAAUGAAUUACAAAAAACUAAAGUAAUAAUCGAUAAUGAAAUAAUGAAUGGAUGGGAUGCUUUUAUUAGUCUUUCAACAAUUGGUUAUCUUAUGUUAAGAAGAAAUAUCGGUUUUUUAACGAGAAUUAUUUCAUUAUUAUUUUCAUUUGAUGAAAAUUUUACUGAUGAAGCAAUUACUCAAUGUCUUUCUCAUUCAUUUUAUUUAACGUUAAGUGAAGCAACUGCAGUUAAUACAUUGAUUGGACAUUUACAAGUAUUUUCAAUUCAAAAGAUGAUUAAAGAUUCACAACAUGAAAUUUUACGAUGGUGUCGUGGGUUGAAUUAA